AUGACUUCAACGCAGGAGGACCAACAUGGAGCGAGAAGUCAGCGCUCUCAGGAGGCCGACAAACCUCACAGAAGAACGGGAGAGAAAAUAUACAGCUGUGAAGAGUGUGGGAAGGAUUUUACCCAGUCUGGGAGCUUAAAAACACACCAAAACAUCCACAGUGGAGUUAAACCGUACAGGUGUGACUUGUGUGGAAAAUGUUUUACCCAGAAAGGACACUUAAAAGCACACCAACUCAUCCACAGCGGAGUUAAACCAUAUAGCUGUGAGUUGUGUGAAAAGUCUUUUAACCAGCCUGGAAGCCUAAAAAGACACCAACUCAUGCACCGUGGAGUUAAAGCAUACAAUUGUGAGUUGUGUGGAAAAUAUUUUAGUCAGAAAGGAUAUCUAAAAACACACAAACUAAUUCACAGUGGAGUUAAAGCGUACAACUGUGAAUUGUGUGGAAAGUCUUUUACCUAUCCUAGAAGCUUAAAAACACACAAACUAAUUCACAGUGGAGUUAAACCAUACAGCUGUGAGUUGUGUGGAAAGUCUUUUACCCAAGCUGAAAGCUUAAAAACACACAAACUCAUCCACAGUGGAAUUAAAGCAUACAGCUGUGAGUUGUGUGGAAAGUCUUUUACCCAAGCUGGAAGCUUAAAAACACACCGAAUCAUCCACAGUGCAGUUAAAGCACACAGAUGUGACUUGUGUGGAAAGUCUUUUACCCAUUCUCAAAGCUUAAAAACACACAAACUCAUCCACAGUGGAGUUAAAGCAUACAGCUGUGAGUUGUGUGGAAAGUCUUUUACCCACACACUUACAAAGCCACAUGCUUACCCACACUGA